AUGUACUGCGUAUUGCACUUGGCUCCGCAUCACUAUCAUCAUUUUCACGCCCCCUGCGACUUCACUCAAACUGAUAUCUUCAGUGUGCAAGAGCGCGUCAUUCUAAGCGGCACUUGGAUUGGCGGGGGUCUGCACGUUGCUGCAGUUGCUGCCUGCAACGUCGGAGACAUCCGCCUAGAGAAAGAACCCGACUUGAGGACAAACCAAGACCGCGUGGUGCUGAGGCACUUGGGCGGAGAUGUAGACAUCAGGACGUACAGGGGCAGCACUAUUGUCUUGGUGUUUGAGGCCCCUCAUGACUUCGAGUUCUCCGUUGCAGCAGGAGACAAGAUUCGCGCUGGCAGCAGACUUGGGGGUGUGGGGCCCCCUGUGGUAGCAAAGGACGAAAGUAGCAGGAAGUUCAUUCACUAUUGA